AUGAAGUUCCUCGCACUCCUCCUCUCUUCCCUGCUUGCCCUCGUGGCGAUGCUGCCGCUCUCGGCCCAGGCUGCUCAGCGUGGCCUGGCGUGGGGCACCAACGACAACUGGGGUCCCAACGUGGCCAAGGGCCUCAUCAAGUGGUACUGGCACUGGCAGGAUGGUCCCAACUCGCGCUUCAACGGCAUCCUCGAGUUUGUGCCUUGCUACUGGGGUCCCAAGUACAAUUCGCAGUGGGCCCAGCGCAAGAACGAGAUGAACGCCAACCCUCCCAAGGCGCUGCUCGGCUUCAACGAGCCCGACAUCAGUGGCCAGUCCAACCUCGACCCGCAGACCGCGGCCAACCUGUGGAUGCAGGAGAUCCAGCCGUGGAAGAAGCGCGGCGUCCGUCUCGGAAGCCCGCAGAUCGUGUGGAGCCAGGACUGGCUCGCCUCGUUCAUGAGCGCCUGCAAGAGCAAGGGUUGCACUGUUGACUUUAUCGCCAUCCAUUGGUACGGCUCGUGGGCGGACCUCGCUGGUCUCCAGAGGUACGUGACGUCGGUGCGCAACCGCUUCGGCCUUCCCAUCUGGAUCACCGAGUACGGCGUCACCUCUGCGUCCGGCGGAAGCCAGCAGCAGAUCAAGCAGUUCCACAUCGACGCCACCAACUGGCUCAACUCCCAGUCGUACGUCGAGCGCACCUCCAACUUUGGCAGCUUCCCCUACUCGGGCCCUCCCGACGCGUACGGCUCGCGCCUCAACGCGCUCUUCAACGGCGACGGCAGCCUGCGCGACCUCGCAUACUGGUACAUCUGGACCGGAAACUCGGCUCGCCGCAGCCUCCGCUCCGAAACCUCGACGGCGGAGGACGACUUUGAGCACACCUCGGAGGAGAUCCCCAUCCAGGACAAGCCUGCUAGCUUCAACCACUGA